AUGUGCCACUUUCAGGUCUCCUCACACUGCUGGUGUGUUGAAUUUUUUGACAUAGGGUGCUGGCAGAUUACGGGCCUCCCAUAGCUGCUGCCAGGCCCCUAAUCUGCCAUGGGCCCCUAUAUACCGCCUCCUCAUGCUGCUGCCAGGUCCAGAGUCUCUCAUGGGUCCCUGUACGGCCUCCCAUUGCUGCUGUCUCCAUCGCCACACUCUGCCAUGUGCCACUUUCAGGUCUCCUCACACUGCUGGUGGGUUCCAUUUUGUCAUAGGGUUGCUGUAUGGCCUCCCAUUGCUGCUGCCUCCACCGCCACACUGUGGCUACAAACACUGGUUUUGGCCCCGUGACUGCCCCAAUGAGUGAAGUGUGCGGUGAUUCUAAGAUCGACGGCACUCAUCUGCAUGUCAUACUG